AUGGAAGAGGAGGGAGCAAUAAACUUCAAAGCACUGAGAGCUAAAUUUCAGGAAGAGGCCCUCCUGGCUCAGGCCCAAAUCAGUCGUCCAGCUGUUGCUGAAAAACCUAAACACCUUCCGCCACCUGGAGGUCACUGCAGCUCUGUGGUUAGCACCAUUAAUAUUGCUGUAGAAAACAAGACACCAGUGGUUCCCCGUGUCAUCUUCAGAGAUGGGCUGCGGUCAUCUGGAGGAAAGCGACCGGUUUCCUUUCCACCGCAGCCUCUGCAGACCUCUCCUUCAUCCCAGCUUCCUAAUGGAGACAGCACAGCCAGGCAGUCCCUCAAAGACCGAUCUAUGCCUUUGGUGCUUCCUGUACUGCCUGUAAAAGAUCUGAGGACAGAAGCACCAGCCAAAAAAGAGCACAAACUGGAAUCAGAUCCAGGGAAAGAAGUCUUGCCACAAACUAAAAUCAAGAAGAAGGGUUUGCUGCUUCCUUUCAAGUCAACCAAAGCAUCAAAGGUCAGUGCAGAAAAUGGAGAGGAGCCAACGUAUGCUGAUCUGACCAUCAGACCGUGUAGUGCUCCCGGUGAGUUGCCCUCAAUGGAAAAACAAACCACAGAAGAUGAGGUUUCUCUGUAUAGUGACCAGUCAACCGCUGAGCACCCCCACUCCAGCCCAGACAUCCCAGUCACCCCUCCCUCUGCAGAGAAUAGUGGUGACUCUGACAAUAAAAUUAUGAGCACUUUGGAGAGGGCCAAGAAGAAGUUCUCACGCCGACAGAUGCUGAUCUCUGCCAAGCCCAAGAGUUUGCGUUCCCCUGACUACACCUCCAGAGACAAGACGUUCCUGUCUCCACCAAAAAACAUGGACGGCGACCUGCUAAUACCCCCACCAGUGUGUCUCCCACACCUGGCUUGUAUUUCAGCCAGACCUUUCUUCAAAGCCACCAGUUCUGCACGCAAGCCAGCAUUGGGUAAGCAGCUUCUCAGAGAUGAAACUGAACAUCCAUUAGUGAAGACUGUUGAACCUCAUCCACCGUUUGUUCCACUAAAGAAACAUCUAGCUGACCUGAGGACACUGGGGCCACUGCCAGCAAAGCCCCCCAGACCUCCAUUAGUUGAUCUGAGCCCAUACCAUGCUCCCACAGUCAGUGAGGUGUCACCAGGUCCGAGCCAAGCACCAAGUGAAGAGCCAGACUCUGAGCACCCAGUCAUCCCCAACCCUGUCCUGGUAGCCCCGGAGUUUCCACACUUUGAGAGUUCAGAGAUGGAAGCAGCAGGGGGUGAAGCUGUUGAUAUUGCUUUGCUAGAACUGGAGGCUUUAGACUUAGCCAGCGCUGAGAUUCACACAGCAGUCAACUUUGAGGUCACCGCCGGUGAGGGUCCACAACCUGACUUGUCAGCGUGUAAUCCUGCCGAGGCUGGCGUAAGCUCUAUCAUCCAAGAUCUGAACAUUGGCAGUCAAAACAUAAUACCCCCCGAUCCAGCCAGCUUCCCUGAACCAAUAAACCUGUCAGAGUUCCCAGAGCUUGCUGUACCAGAGCAGUGGUCCCACAGCGAAGAGGUGCUUGUAGAUUCUUUUUCUAAAUCUCACUCUGAUGAGACUGAUCUGGGGGCUGCUGAGUGUCGGUCUGUCCCAGAGGAAAGAGAGCUUAGUGAGCAAGCUACAUCCAAUGAUGGGAUUCAUACACAUCCAAGUGUGUAUCAACAAGACGAUUACUAUGAAACAUACGAUAAUGUGUACGAGGACGUUGAGAGCAUUAACAAAUUCAUCAUGAGGCAGAACUCAAGCAAACACAAAGGCAACCUAAAGAAUCCGUACGCCGACAACCACCCUAUGGAGGAGCCGCAGCAGCAGCAGCAGAACAAAUGGGUGCGGAAUCCAUGGGGCGGCGUAUCAGGAGAACAUGUCCACAAUCACAUCCACAGUAAGAUACUUCAGAGCCCGAGCACUGCCGACCAUAAAGAGCAGAGGAAGAGGGAGAAGCAGCGACUGGAGAAGGAGAAAAAGGAGCAAAAGGAAAGGGAGAAGAAGGAAAACGAAAUGAAAAAGAAGUUCAAAGUGACUGGAGAAGAAGAACCCAUGUACCAUGCCAAGGUGAUGGUGGCCAGCAAAGUCCGCAAGAAUGACCUGCCUGUGAAGAACGGCGACACGGUCAGCAUCAUUCGAACCACCAACUGCCCCAAAGGCAAAUGGUUGGCUCGGGAUGCCAACCACAAAUAUGGUUAUAUUUCAGUGAUGAACGUGGAGCUGAAUAUUAAGGAGAUGCUGGAGCUCGGCAAGAAGGCUCAAGCAGCCGGACGAGGAGGCAACGUGGACGCAGAUACCAUCAGCAUUGGGAGCAGAUCCUCAAACCACCCCGUUCUAACAAGCAGCUUCACAGAUGACAGCGAGGAGUGGGCCUGUGAAGACGAGACCCUCUCACCAUCCAAUGAAAGCCAUAGCUUUCCUCAGCAGCCUGCCUCGGUGCCCGACAUGUCAUGUGUUCAUGUCGCUGCCCAGCACACGCUGAGCGAUGCCAACCUGGAAGACCUGCACACGCAGACCAGACAUGAAGCCCUGCAGAAGCUGGCCGUCUUCUUUCAGCACAACAAAGACGAACUGGGCGACGCCUCAGACAGCGGAGCAGCAACCCCUACCAAUGCCGAACCACCGGGUAAGUUUUUCCAUGACUCCACUGUUGUCACCACAUGUGCGUCGCUCACUGAUAACGGUGAAGGGUACUUACACAUCACUUUGAGGACACUGCCGUCUAAACACUGGUUGGAGACUCAUCUGUGAUGGAAAAUAGCUUGUGAGGAGCGUUUAUCUACUUCAAGGACCCCAGAGACGUGAUGCUGAUGGAUAUUUUGCAGGGACGUCAGUUCAAAGUUAAUGUGACGCUUGUAUCUAUCUGCUUGUCUUUCUCCAGACUUCUUGUGUGCUGUCGAGGAGCCUCCAUAUCCCGAACAAGAAGUCGACUUCACAGAGCUGGAGCUGCUUCCUCCUCCUCCGCUGUACGCCGACACC